AUGCACUUCAGCACCAUCCUCAGCAUCUUCCUCGCCGCUCUAGUAGCCGCAGCACCAACCACACCCCCUAACGACUCGACCGCCACCAACACCGACACGUACGAGCCAGACCUCGUAACGUUCGUCAUGACCGUGCCAAACUGUCCCGCCAUCAAGGACUACUGCACACACUGCAAUGGUGAUUUCAACUGCGAUACAGAUCCGCGCUGCGAGUGGUGCUACCACAACAAGCAGUUCGGCACCGAUGGCGGGAACAGCGAUUAA